AUUUGAAAAAACAUCAUUAUAUUGAUCGAGCUAGUACGUACCUUUUUCACUUUCUCUCAAAUUUACGUUAAUCAAUCAAAGAUACCACGUGUAAAAUCAAUAUAAACAAAAACUCAACACUACAAGAUUAUGAUCUCAAUCCAUAUUUGCAUGCAUGAAAAUUGCCAUUUAAGUUCAACUAUGUCUUCUCUUCUCCUAAUAUCAACACUCAACACCGUAGCCUUCUUCUCCAUAAUCCUCUUAAUCAUCAAAACCCAGUAUGAUCACCAUGACGAUGAUGAUCAUCGAGUAUUGUUGUCUUCUUCUUCUUCCUCGACCACCAAAACUAUUCAUCUCACAACAACAACAACAAUCCUCAGAAGAGACACGUGUGCAGCCCUCCAUGACUUCCCAAACUCCACCGCCAAGUGUGCUUACCUCGAAACCCUAGACACACUCAUCAUCAACAACGGCACAUGCAGACCCAAGGGUUACAUAAACUACCUCAAACUCUUCUACUGUCACUUCGGUCGUUUCCCACUUCUGGGCGAAGCCUUGCUCCUCCUCUGGCUUGUCGUUUUGUUCUACUUGCUCGGCAACACCGCCGCCGUUUACUUCUGUCCUUCGUUGGAGAGCUUGUCCAACAUCCUCAAGCUCUCUCCCACCAUCGCCGGAAUCACUCUCCUUUCUCUCGGCAACGGCGCUCCCGACGUCUUCGCCAUCAUCAUCUCCUUCACCAAGUCCGGCGACGCCGACGUCGGCCUCAACAGCGUUCUCGGCGGAGCUUUCUUUGUUUCCAGCGUUGUCGUUGGCGUCAUCAGCGUUUUGAUCAAUAAUCGUCGUUUCAGUCAUCAUCCUCAUCAUCGUGUUAUCGACAAGACUAGUUUCAUCAGAGACGUUUCUUUCUUCCUCUUCGCUCUCUCCUCUCUCCUCGCCAUUUUCAUCUUCGGCAGAGUCAAUCUCUUCACCGCCAUUUGCUUCUUCGCCAUUUACUUUCUCUACGUCUGCUCAGUCUCCGCCACUCACUUCUUCUUGAGAAACGACACCGUUGAUGAUAAAACGACGUCGCCUUUGUAUUCCGUUGUUGAGGAUACGACGACGCAUGACGGUGAUGAUAUUAACAUACCGCUACUUGGUUACGUGGACGACGACCACGGCGAGGAAAACGACACUAUUCAUCGUCAAAACGACAAUAAACUCGAUCAAACCCGACGUCGUAUUGUGGAUAUGUUGAAGUUGACUUUGAAGGCUCUGAUGUUACCCUUUGACUUGCCGAGAAGAGCCACCAUUCCGGUGGUGACGGAGGACCAGUGGUCGAAGCCGUACGCGGUGGUGGCCGUAUCACUAGCUCCCAUUCUAAUGGCGGUCCUUUGUAACACGCAGAGAGAGAACGUUGACUCGAGAACUGAGCUGUUGACUUACAUGACAGCUGGCCUCGUGGGAUUGGUCCUCGGCAACCUGGCUUACGUUACGACCAGUCGUAGCGGUCCACCUCAGCAGUGUCUGUUUCCGUGGCUUGUGAGUGGGUUCGUGAUGAGUGUGACGUGGACAUAUCUAGUGGCUGAGGAGUUGGUGUCGUUGUUGCUCGCUUUGGGUACCGUGUUCGGGAUAAGCCCAUCGAUUUUGGGCCUGACGGUCCUGGCCUGGGGAAACUCGCUCGGAGAUCUGAUAGCCAACGUGGCCAUGGCCUUACGUGGUGGGCCUGAUGGGGCCCAAAUAGCAAUAUCGGGCUGCUAUGCUGGGCCUCUGUUCAACACAGUUGUGGGAGUGGGCUUUUCGCUUGUGAUGGCGGCGUGGUCCGAGUAUCCGUCGUCGUACGUGAUACCUGAUGAUCAUUCUUUGUACGAGACCGUGGGCUUUCUCAUGGCUGGGCUUCUUUGGGCCGUAGUGGUCUUGCCCAAGAACAAUAUGAGGCUUCACCGUUUAUUGGGGAUUGGGCUUCUCGUACUUUAUGGCUGUUUUCUUUUUGUCAGGCUGGCCAGAGUAGUGGGCUUUUUUGGGCUUUCUACUCAGAUCUAAAACGAUUCACUGUUAGGCCCAGUUUGAUGUUUUGAGGCCCUGUUUGUUGAAGUGCCCAACAAUCAACUGUUUGUAUUAUUUUAACUAAAUUAUUUAAGAAAAUUCUAGAAAUGCGUAUAAA